UGAUCCGCACACACAGUCGCUGACUUGAACGAACUAAGAACAAAAGUGGAAACCUGGAAAAACAAGGGAUUGGAUCUCCAAUGGAUUCGAACGCCAUGGCACAACUCCAAAGACCUUCAACCCAAACCCCAACCCUGCUCGAUUCUCUGGGCGAAGAAAUCAUCAGAAUUGUAGCCCCAGUCUCAAUCUGCAUGUUCCUCGUUGUAAUCCUCGUCUCCAUUCUCAACACCGGUGACUCUUCCUUCUCCGUUUCCAGCAUCGCCACCAUUGCGUACACCGAGACAACCUCCGAUUCCUCCUGGGACAAGUUCCUAGGUGCCCUGCUCAACUCCCUCGCCUUCGUCGUCGUCGUCACCGUGGCCACCUUCGUCCUCGUCCUCCUCUUCUAUUUCAGGUGCACUGGCUUCCUCAAAAUCUACAUGGGUUUCUCCGCUUUCGUCGUUCUAGGGUUCCUCGGCGGGGAAGUUUUCAUCUUUUUGAUUCAGCAUUUUAGUACCCCAAUUGAUUGUUUCACUUUCUUGUUGCUUCUGUGUAAUUUUGCUGUUGUUGGUGUUAUGGCUGUCUUUAUGUCGAAAAUGGCUAUUAUUGUUACUCAGAGUUACUUGGUUGUUAUUGGGAUUCUUGUAGCUUAUUGGUUCACUAUGUUGCCUGAAUGGACCACUUGGGCCAUGCUUGUUGCCAUGGCAUUGUAUGAUCUUGCUGCCGUUUUGUUGCCUAUUGGUCCCUUGAGGCUUCUCGUUGAGCUCGCCAUAUCGCGGGACGAGGAGAUUCCAGCUUUGGUUUAUGAAGCUAGGCCUGUGAAUGUUGAGAAUUUGGAUCCUAGGGUUGCUGUUGCUCAGAGGAGGCUGUGGAGAGAGAGGAGGGUUACCGAGAAUUCUAAUCUCCGGGGUGAUGCUAAUGUGAAUGUUAGUAAUAAUAAUGCCUUAGGUCUUGGUGCCAAUGCUGAGUUGAACCCUGGUUUGGAUUUAAACAGCAAUAAUCCCAGUUCGGCUGGGGAAGAUGCUAUUUUGGAUUCGAAUUUGAGUUCUAGUACUUCUUAUGGGAUCUAUAGUGACAGGAAUUUGGUUAGAGCUGAAGAGGGGCGAGUUCAGGAGACCAAUUCAGAGGUUACUACCCCAUUGAUUGGUCAUGGAGUGAAUGUUCGGAUACAUAGCAGAGCAGAAAAUGUGGAUGCAUCAGAUGAGAAUUUGAUGUUGGAGGGAAUUGGAUUGGGUUCAUCCGGCGCAAUCAAGUUAGGACUGGGCGAUUUCAUCUUCUAUAGUGUUUUGGUUGGCAGGGCUGCAAUGUAUGAUUUUAUGACUGUGUAUGCGUGUUAUCUCGCUAUCAUUGCUGGUCUGGGGAUAACACUGAUGUACGAGGAGAUCGAGAUCGAGGAUGGAGAUCGAGGAGACUUGAGAUCGAGGUCGAGGAUGGAGAUCGAGGUUGGAGGAGAUGUUCCGAUCGAUGCAGAAGAUGUUGCAGCACUUCGAUUUUUGAAUGGAUUUGUUCAAAAAUCGUACAAUCUAACAUUGGAUAAUUUUUGGGUUUUAUCCCAAUCAUCAAUAGGUAAGUACUUGUAUGCUUUGUGUGUGUUUGCAACUGAAAGAUCCAUCAUGCUGGCAGAGGUGAUGCUGAGGGUAGUUCCACCGGUGAUGAUGAGGUUUGAGAUGACAGGAGGUGAAGAGUUAGAUUAG